GCUUUGUGUAUAUUGUAAGCUUACGAUGACUCAUUCAAGGCCAGUCAUUGGUCAUUUACCGCGCGGCCAUUGUAUUUCUGCCAAUUAAUGUUUACCCAAGCCGAAUGAAAAAAGAUCAAUUUCGAUGAAGUUGUUAGACAAAAGUACCUGCUCAACGAUCCAUUGUGUACCUUGACGACCGGAGUGUUAGUAAACCAGAUAGUGUCAAAUAACACACAAGUUGUAGAGGCCGAAGGACGUGAAUCAAAGACGCGAGGAUGGGUUUCACUGAGCUAACGCAUCCCCAUGUGGCUAGCAAUCUGCCAGGAUAUCGCGGAUAUUGUCCUCAACUCAAGUACGAAUGUGGACAUACCUAUGGGAUAGCAACAGACAAGCUGACAACGCGCCAUACACGCAACGAAAAGCUCCGAACUAUCAAACUCGACGACCCAAAACUAAGAGAACCAUUCCUGCCACAGCCAAAUGGCGAUAACAAAUUGACUGCUAACAUGGUGCCCGGGUAUACAGGUUACGUUCCCAGCGUGCGAUUUUUAUAUGGUUCUCGCUACAAAGAAGCCACGGAACAAGCUGUUAGCAACUUCAACAUGAAAGACGGCAAAUACAGAAGCGAAAGUGAYGAACUGAAGAAAACGGUUUACUCGACUCCAACGUUGAAAACUCGCGCUGAUUUCCAAGACCCUACCAUGUAUCCAGACCUUAAACCAAGAUAUUCCAAGAACUACUUUCCAAGUGAGCAGCGCGAGUUCUGCGAGCCACCAUUGCCCGGCUACACCGGGUACGUACCACGCAGRCGCGAGCACGACCUUGGCACAAGAUACGCCGUAUGGACAAAGGGAGGUUUUACAGACUCGCUAACCAUGAGGCAUAAACAAGAAAAUCUUGCAACACAAAGAAUUGAUGUGACAAGAAUCCCUGAGGCAACAGUUAAAGUGUCCAACAUUGAACACGGCACACUUUACAAAACGUUUGGCAUGAAACCUAAAUACACAGGAUACAUUCCACAACGACGCUUCAGAUUUGGGAAUACAUAUGGAGACACCACACGGUCGCUUCCAAUCUGUUACGACAGCAACGGAUAUUCACAAGCAAAAUACAUCACUACUCCAGUAAUGUAGUGUCUGCGCAUACGCGAAGUGUGUGAAAUUAGGAAUUUUAUAGUUACAAAGU